UGUGUGUGUGUGUGUGUGUGACGGGGUUUGCGCUGCGGUUCAGGGCUGGUCUGAGAGGCAUGAGGGUUUGUGCAUCCCGUAAUAUUGCGCUGGUGAAAACAAGCAGAGCCAUCUGACAGAGAGAAGGGGAGCAUUUCGGUAUCGGGAGUGAUGAUGACGAUGAUGAUGAUGAUGAUGAAAAAGCCAUAACGAGGGACAACGUCAUAAUAACAGAGGGGAUUCGCUGAGCCAUGCGAAGAGAAGGAACGCAGAGAGCGAAGACAUUUCCAGCGGACGCAGUGAACACGCUGUAAAACACUUUUGUUGGUUUAACUUAAAAAAUGAACAGAGGUUAGGCUAGAGGUUAGCAUUGAUGGACAGGUGGAGAUCGGAGCAAUGCUGGAGCUUCGGCCCCUGUUGUCCCGCUAACGAUCCCGGACCGGAUCCGGCGCUCCGAGGCUGAGGGACUCAUGCAGGCCCGGAAGAAGUACGUGCUUCUGGGCUUGUGCUCGUUCUGCUGGCUUCUGCUGUAUUACCUACAGGACCGGCUCCUAGGUUUCCUCGUGUAUAGGAGAGGAGAGGGUGCGCGGCCGUGGCCCGACUGGCUAGAUCGGGAUCUUUUCCCGGGAUUCGCCGAACACGCCGAGCUGUUAAAUGACGGAGGACCGGGAGACUCGCCUCGGCAGCGACGCCAAGCGUGGACGGGGAUCUACAAGGACAGUCGGUGCAGGAUGGAAACAUGCUUCGAUUUUGCGCGAUGUCAAGCUCUAAGCACGUUUCGGGUCUAUAUUUAUCCGCCGGAGAAGAGCGAACGAGUGUCGGAAAGCUAUCGGAAAAUCCUCACCUCGGUGGCAGAGUCGCGUUACUACACGUCGGAUCCUCGGGAAGCGUGUCUAUUCGUGUUGGGAAUUGAUACGCUUGACCGGGAUCAGCUAUCGACGCAAUUUGUUCCUAACGUAGAUGAGCGGAUUCGCGGAUACCCGCUCUGGAACGACGGGAGAAAUCACGUCAUCUUUAACCUUUAUUCUGGAACUUGGCCAAAUUACACAGAGGAUCUGGGAUUUAACAUGGGACAGGCUAUCUUAGCAAAAGCAAGCUUGAAUACGGAGCAUUUCCGACCGGGAUUUGACGUGUCAAUCCCGUUGUUUUCUAAAGAACACCCUCAGAAGGGCGGGGAGCGCGGAUGGCUAGUGCGCAACACUGUCCCACCGCGCCGAAAGUACUUGUUAAUGUUUAAAGGGAAACGUUACUUGACGGGCAUCGGAUCGGACACUCGUAACGCUCUGCAUCACAUCCACAAUGGGAAGGACAUUGUGUCCCUCACCACGUGUCGCCACGGAAAGGACUGGGAAAAGCACAAGGAUGCGCGGUGCGACCGGGAUAACCAGGAGUAUGAGAGAUUUGACUAUCAAGAGCUGCUCCACAACUCCACCUUCUGUCUGGUUCCCCGCGGGCGACGCUUGGGCUCGUUCCGGUUCCUCGAGUCUCUGCAGGCCGCUUGUAUCCCAGUGUUACUCAGUAACGGAUGGGAAUUACCGUUCUCUGAUGUCAUCCAGUGGAACCAGGCCGUCGUCGAGGGCGACGAGAGACUGUUGCUACAGGUUCCGUCCACGGUGCGGGCGGUGUCCCCUGACCGGGUUCUGGCCCUCAGACAGCGCACACAGAUGCUCUGGGACGCAUACUUCUCCUCCGUGGAUAAGAUUGUCCUCACCACACUGGAGAUCAUAAAGGAUCGAGUUUACUCGCACAUCUCCAGAAAUAAGUUCAUGUGGAACGCCUUACCUGGAGGGCUGCUGGUUCUGCCCGAAUACUCCACACACCUGGCGCACUACCCCUUCUAUUACUACAACCUGGGGAUCAGCCCGGGUCAGGAGUUCACUGCGGUCAUUCAUGCCACCUCACCUCUGGUGUCACAGUCUCAGCCAAUCAUGAAGCUCCUUCAGGUCGUCUCCAAAUCCAAAUAUUGCUCACAGAUCAUCAUCCUGUGGAACAGUGAGAAGUCGCUCCCUCAGCGCAGUAAAUGGCCGCCGAUGCCCGUGCCGCUUAUCGUCACAGAUGGCAGGAGGAAAACGAGCAGCCGAUUCCUUCCACAUGCUGCUAUUGAGACAGAGGCGGUCUUGAGUCUGGAUGAAGACACGGUGCUGUUGACCAGCGAGAUCAAUUUUGCUUUCCAUGUGUGGCGGAGUUUUCCCGAGAGGAUUGUCGGCUACCCUCCCAGGAGCCAUUUCUGGGACCCUGUAAAGAAAGCCUGGGGCUACACCUCUAAAUGGACCAACGAGUACUCCAUCGUCCUCACCGGAGCCGCGUUUUAUCACAGGUACUACCAUCACCUGUUCUCCCACUAUCUGCCCUCCUCCCUGCGUGCGCUGGUGGAUCGCACCGCUAACUGUGAGGAUAUCCUGAUGAACUUCCUGGUCUCCUCUGUGACACACAUGCCACCGAUUAAAGUGGCACAGAGAAAGCAGUACAAAGAGAUGCCGACCCUGCAGGGCACUAAGAUGGCGCCGUGGGCGAACCCAGAGCACUUCACCCAGAGGCAGGAGUGUGUCAACACCUUCGCAAGCUGGUUUGGUUACAUGCCUCUAAUGCACUCUCAGUUUCGCCUGGACCCUGUGCUCUUUAAGGACCAUGUGUCUGUCCUGCGCAAGAGGUACAAAGACCUGGAGCGCGUAUGAGCCGAGCCGAGCGCAGUGGAGACGGGUCCCGGAAAGAUACGGACUCAUCUCUACCCCUAAGCUACUGGCUGCGAGCCUGUGAUAGCCAGUCGGUGGACACGAGAGGGGUUUUCCUUUUAUGACCAGUUCUCCACAUUUGACUGACAGCUUCAUGGAUGAGAAAAUAUCACAGAUCUGUCAAUCAUUCCAGCUGCUGUUUCAUUUGGAGGAGUGUGUAGCGUUAUGGUGCUGUGGACUAACACACGGCAGCAAGUCGCCAAACAACUGAAGUGGUAAUUACAUGACCAAUAAAAUAAUUCCGAAAUGCAAA